AUGCCUUCGUCACCUGCACGGCGGCGAGAAGCACGGAGACUUCGCCGAAUUACGCCCCCUCGACCUUUGAACGCAUUUUUUUUAUUUCGCCGGGAUGUUCAAAGAAGUUUGAGCGCUAGUCAACCUGCAAUUACGCAACAACUAAUUUCCCAAUACGCUUCUCAGAAGUGGCGAAUGCUUCCAGAUAAUGAACGGAAGAGAUAUCAUCGUACUGCAGAAGUGGCCGCAGAACUUCACAAGCAAAUGUACCCAGAUUAUAUUUAUAGUCCGAAGCGGCAGAAUAAUGGUGGUGGGUUUAGGGUGAGAUUUGAUAAUGGCAUUUUUUCAUGGAAUAGUAGUGUUAAGGAUAAAGGGAGAGACAAUAAAAACGCAAUUGUAAGUCAUUUUUUUGCGUCGGAACCAAACAGUUUUGAUUCCACAAAAUUUAUUGGCAACUUUAUUCAGAUAGACUCUACUGACGAAAAAAUAAGCCCCACAAUGAUUUCUCAGUCGAACAAUAUCAUUUCUCCACCAACUAUUCAUUAUCCGAGUGCCAAUAGUCUAGUCACACUCCCCUCCAUUAAUACGAUCGGAAAUCAGCAACCAUUUUCACAAUUAUUAACACCGCUAGAACCUACUAUCACGUUCACAUUUACCUGUAAAAUUGCGGCAUCUUUGUAA